GAUUUCGCCGAGUUUGACGGUCAGUUUGGACGUUGGGAAUAAACAGUACACAAAGGCUAGUGUUUUUUUUUCAUGACAGCGUAAAUAAAAAGAGACCUGACCUCAACUGCUGGAGGAUUUGGGGGACCUUUGUUGGCGGGGUAGUCAUGGCGGGGGUGGGAGCGACGGGGAAAAGGACAAGGCUCCCGGGUUUAUGUUGGAAAACCUGCUACUUUCACGUCGUGUUUUGGGUCGUGUCUGUGUGUGGAGAGGAGAAGAGCUUUGUGGUGGAGACAUGGCUGAAGAACUACGGCUACUUACUCCCGCAUGACAUCCGGACAUCAGACCUGCGUUCGGAGAAAGCCAUGCAAUCAGCAGUUGCUGCUAUGCAGUGGUUCUAUGGCAUCCCAGUGACUGGAGUACUUGACCAAACAACCAUAGAGUGGAUGAAGAAACCUCGGUGUGGGGUUCCUGAUCACCCUCAACGGAGGAGAAAUAAGCGCUAUGCUCUCACUGGUCAAAAAUGGAGGGACAAAAAAAUUACAUACAGCAUACACAAUUUCACCCCUAAGGUAGGUGAGAAGGACACACAGAGGGCGAUCCGGCAAGCAUUUGAUGUGUGGCAGAUGGCAACCCCACUGACCUUUCAGGAAGUGGCCUACUCUGAGAUAAAGAAGGAGGGCAAAGAGGCCGACAUCAUGAUCUUCUUUGCCUCAGGGUUUCAUGGUGAUAGUUCUCCAUUUGAUGGAGAGGGAGGUUUUUUAGCCCAUGCCUACUUCCCUGGCCCUGGAAUUGGAGGGGACACACACUUUGACUCUGAUGAGCCUUGGACGUUAGGCAAUGCUAACCAUGAUGGUAAUGACCUUUUCCUGGUGGCAGUGCAUGAGCUGGGACAUGCAUUGGGUCUGGAACAUUCCAAUGACCCGAGUGCAAUCAUGGCCCCUUUCUACCAAUACAUGGAGACACAAAACUUCAAACUGCCACUAGAUGACCUUCAAGGCAUCCAGAAAAUAUAUGGUGUCCCAACUGCAAUGUUGGAGCCAACUCGGUCUCUUCCAACCCUCCCACCACGGCGGACUUACUCUCCUUCUGAAAGGAAAAAUGACCGUCAGUCCCGUCCUCCUCGACCUCCCUCUGGUGACAGGCCCUCUCCUGGCUAUGGAAAACCCAAUAUCUGUGAUGGCAAUUUUAACACAGUGGCCUUUUUUAGGAGGGAGAUGUUUGUUUUCAAGGAUCGCUGGUUCUGGCGUUUGCGCAGUAACAAGGUUCAAGAGGGUUACCCCAUGCUGAUUGACCAGUUCUGGAAAGGUCUCCCACCCCGCAUUGAUGCUGCUUAUGAGAGAUCCGAUGGCAAAUUUGUGUUCUUUAAAGGAGACAAGUACUGGGUAUUUAAGGAAGUGACAGCAGAGCCAGGUUACCCGCACAGCCUAGUGGAGUUGGGCAAUUGUUUGCCCCGUGAGGGCAUUGACACAGCACUGCGCUGGGAGCCUGUGGGCAAAACCUACUUUUUCAAAGGUGACCAGUACUGGCGCUACAAUGAGGAAAAGCAUGCAGCUGACCCAGGCUAUCCCAAACCCAUCACCGUGUGGAAGGGCAUCCCUGAAUCACCUCAAGGAGCCUUUGUCAGCCGUGAAGGAUUUCACACUUACUUCUACAAAGGAAAGGACUACUGGAAGUUUGACAACCAGAAGCUAACAGUAGAACCUGGUUACCCAAAGUCCAUCCUUAACGACUGGAUGGGUUGCGACCAAACAGAAGUGGAGAAGAACAAGGACAGACACCUCCCCCAUGAUGAUGUCGACAUCAUGGUUGCCAUAAAUGAUGUGCCAAGCACCAUAAAUGCAAUUGCUGUGGUAAUUCCAUGCAUUCUGUCUCUGUGCAUCUUGGUCCUCAUUUACACCAUCUUCCAGUUUAAGAACAAAACUGUCCCUCAACCUGUGACCUACUAUAAACAGCCAGUGCAGGAAUGGGUAUGACAGACUAGGGAACACUGCAAAGUUAAACACUAAAAAUGCUAGCGAGGGCUAACAUGACAAUGUUCACAAGCACCUACACAACCAGUGCCUGUUUACUGCAUUGUAAUGCAAGAGGUGGGGAUUGAAACAUUGUUGACUCAAGGUCCUUCUGUCUGGAACAAAAAUCUCAAAGAUCUUUUUUUAAACAUAUGAGCCAAAAGCACAGGUUUGCUAGGCUUUAACUGAGUGGUGGAUUGCAGGUACAUGAGCUUAACCAUUGCUUUGGCCUUAGACUGCUACUGUAAAACCUUUUUUCCCCAUUCUCUCACAACCUGGCAGUCUGAGGACAUCCACAGUGGAUUCUAACCAUCAUGUGUCCAAGGAAUGCAAGAGGAACGGUGCUCAGUUGCCAGCAAAUAUAUGUCCUAUAUAUGCGCUCAAAAUGGACUUGUACAGGAAUUAUUGAAAGAAUAUGUCAAAAGAACAAAACAAAAAUAACAAAAAGUGUUAAAGACGUGAAUAUCAUUGUAGGUAGAAAGGCUGUAGAAAAGAAUACAAAGAGGUUUUGUGUAUAUUGUAGUCUUUUAACAUGUCUUUGACAUCUGACUCUUUUUAAAGCAUUAGAGAAGUGUUAAUAUUACAUUAGUAUAUACACAGUGGGGUCCAAAGUACUGGAAAUUCAAUUAAAAUUGGGAAAACAAGGUUUCAGAAUUUUGAAAUAUUUAAAAUGAAGAAAUGUUCCCAAAAUCCCAAAUAUUUAAUAUUCAAGAUUCUGCAUUAUUUCUUGGUCAUUAUUUAAAUGUAAGAAAAUUUGUGAUAUUGACCAUGUUAACUGACUACAAAAGGUCAGAUUUUCCUCAUGCCCAAUUGAGCAUGUGUUAAAACAAUGGAUUUGAUCUAAAAUGGAUCAUAAGAUUUUGCACACAUUUGAGAAAUCCAUGCCAGCUCGAGUGCACUUGAGUCAUUAAAGCAAAAAGGGGACAAAGAUUCUACUUUCCACUCAAGUUGUUGUCAAUAAUAUAAUUUAUAAUGAACAUUAUUGUGUUAAAUUAAAAAAAGAAUAGAAAAUAGAAGUAUUUUCAGUGGUUUCAGAUGUUUGGACCCCACUGUAUGUCCUAUGAGAGAGAACUGUAUGUGGCAUCUUUAAGGCACAUGCAAGUACAGUGUUGCUUGAGGUUAGAGUAUUUCUUUUCAGGGUUUGAAUUGUGUAGUGGGGAGGCAUGUAAAAAUCUAAACAGUUUAUGAAAGAUUUAACAAAACUCUUUUAUGCAUAUGAUUUAUUUCUGUUACACAAAGUUAUUGAUGCUAAUUACCUGACACAAAGAGUGUUAUCAAGAGUGUUUUUGCAGUCUGUUUUCACAUUUGAGUAUCAUUUAAAACUUUGAUAAUGUGGCAUGCCAUAGAUCAAUCAGCUUAUUAUUAAUUUAUAUGGAAUAUUAGUAAUGAUUCAUCUUUAAACCAUUUUGAUGUCCUAAGCCACCACUAUUUCUUAUAUCGGAGUGCAGUGCACAGGAAGUAUCAAGUGUCCUUUGGCUGAGUUUUUAUAGAUUUUAUAGAUUUGUUUUUCACUGAUGUAUUGGUUGGUGUCACAUCAUAUCAGCACUGCUAAUGCACCUCCCCCUACAAAUAUGCAAAUAUGUUUGACCUGAAACAUUUUAGUGCCCUAAAGGCCAGUUUUUAAUGUGACAGGCAGACAUUGCAGAAUUUUUCCUCCCAAAUAUGCUGGAUUUUGCAUGUGGUAUUGACUGUUCUGCAUCUGCAUAACAAACUGUGGGAAGUAUAGGUUGUGGUGAUCAUGUUAAUCUUAUCAAAAAUGUAGAUAUCCUGGGUUUGUUAAUUCCUACACAGUUCUAUAACAUUCUUUGUAAAGUAGCCAUGAAAUAUUUCUAUGUGUAACCAACAGCCCCUAGAGGAGUACUAAUUUGGUAAGUGUUAUAAAACAUUGCCAAAUCCAAUCCAAUCUAAAUUCACCCCAUUCAGUGAUAUUAACAUUCUGCAAAGGUCCUAAACUUGGAAGUUUGAAUUCCUAUCCAGAGUUGUUUUGAGGCAGACUUAAAUAUUGUAAAGGUGACUCUAUCACAACUACAGAGUCAUUACAGGUCUAUGGUUUGAUCCUGAGCUCAGGUUACACUAGGUGUGAAUGAGUAUGAAUGUGUGUGUGUGCAUGUGGGUAUAUUCCCAGUGUUGCUGGGAUAGGCUCCAGAUCCAUCACUGGUUUAAAUGGUUUCUGAAGAAGAAUGAAUGACUUUCUGCUUAUUGUACAUUUAGUUGUUAUUUAUGUUUUUUUUGUUUUGUUUUUUGUGAGAAUGACAAAACAUGAAAGAAACCUUUGAAAACACUUGAAGUAUACAGCAUAUAAAGCAGUAUGUAUUGGCAAACUGGAUUGUUAAAAUCUAGUAAGAAAUACCUCUUUUUUUCUCAGAUUUCUGACUAGAUAAAGCUUUCCUUUAAUUCUAAUUUUUUUUCAUUUCUUGCAAACCUAAACAUAAUGACUUUUGCCUUUUGCAUGUACAGUAUGACUGCAGCAAUUGCUAAUGAAAAAAUGCAACUUAUUUAUUUAACUUUUUUUAACCCAUUUACUCCCAGUUUUAGUCAUUACCAAUUCUUAUCAGCAAGCUAGUUCUUCAAGAUCACAUAAGGGUUACCAACCAGGGAAGAUUAGGGACAGUACAUGCUUCUUCCAAACAACAUCUUUUCAAACUGCUGCUCAUAAUGCAGCUGAACACACUCUGAACACACUUGGAGGAAACCAUUGUCAGCUGAAUACAAACCUUUCUGAAAGUACUGGAACAGCAAGGCCAAUUCUGUUGUUUUCAAUAUAAAUUGAAGACAUUUGUUUUUGAGAUCAAAAGAUGAAUAUGAGACGACAGAUCAGCAUUUCAGCUUUCAUUUCCUCAUGUUUACAUCUAGAUAUGUUAAACAAUUAAAACAUGCCACAUUUUGUUUGAACCCACCCAUUUUUUCAAGUGAUCAGAAAUAUUGGAACAUGUGAAUGAUGGGUGUUUCUUGCUGCCCAGGUGUGCCCUGUUAAAUUGAUUGUAUUGAAAUGCAUUCAAAUUAAUCGGGAGGAACUUUAUCAUACAGCAAGACAAUGAUCCAAAACACACUGACAACUCAACAAAGGACUUUAUCAGAUGGAAAAAGUGGGAGCUUUUAUACAGGCCAAGUCAAUCACUAGACUUUAACCCAAUUGUACAUGCAUUUCACCUCCUAAAGAGGAGAAUGAAGGGAGAAACCCCCUAAAACAAACAGCAGCUAAAAGAGGCUGCGGUAAAAGCCUGAGAAAGCAUCACAAAAGAAGAAACCAACAAUUUGGUAAUGUCAUGAGUCACAGGCUUGAUGCAGUUAUUGCAAGCAAGAGAUAUGCAACCAAAUAUUAAGUGUUUUAUCUAUUCGUAUAAUUUUGCUCAUCUAAAAAUUGAGUGGUCUGAUACAAAAGGUUCUAUGUUUAUUGUUUAACACAUCUAGUUUAUUGUUUAACGCAUCUCUCCUCUCAUAUCCAUCUUUUGAUCUCAAACCCAAAUUUCUGUGUAUAGCACAAACAAAUGAAUUGGCCUUGCCAUUCCAGUAGUUUCAGAUGGGACUGUACAUAUUUCCACAUUUAUGUUGGCCACUACUGGUUAGUGUCACUGAUUGACAUGGGAGGGUAGUACCAUCCUGACUCAUGGCCUCUCUUUGAAUGCUCUACUGUUGUGCCACUUAUUGUUGACUCUAGUUGCUUUUCAUUUCUCCACAUUACAUAAUUAUAAUGCUCAAUUUAUAGUUCAGUGAGGCAUGAAUCUGGAGUGGGAAGCUUCAGAUUUGGGUGCAAUUUGCCUCGACAAUUGGUGUAUUGCUACCACGUCAGAAUUGGGCACAGGAAGGUUGUUAUAGGACUUAUGUACGUUAGUUAAUAUGAAUGUUCUCUCAAAGUCCAAGGUCUGUUGUAAAUGGUUGUGGGAACUGGUCAGAAAAUGAUACGCUAUCUAGAAGGUUGUGAGUUGUCAUAUCACAGCAAACCACGGACUCCAAUUCCCAGCAGACACCGCAGCCUACAAACAUGGCCACUUCAGACUACACUCCAUAGACCACACAAUGCUCCCUCGCUCACAGUCACCCAGCUUCUGAUUGAGUACACCUGGGCUCAAUCUCACUCACACACACACGCACGCACGCACUCGUAGGAUGCUUUAAAACAGACUCUAAGUCAAGAGCAUUUUGCAAAGUAUAUGCUCAGUUGCCUUUUGUCUCUGAUGUUACCAAGCCUUUGUUUAUUAUUGCUUUUCUGUUGUUGUUUUUUGAGACACAGUUUCUUUAUUGUUUCCGAUUACUGCUCUGCCUAGUCUAGUCUAUUUGCUGAUCGCCUGACCUUUGCCUGCUUACUGAUUUUGUACUUGCUUAUCGAGUUGGAUUUGGUUUAUUAAUUAAAGCUGCCUUACCUGAAACCGUGUCCGUAUACGCCUCCAUUAAAUAACAGAAUACAUUGCCUAAGAAUGUAUGAAGCAGGAGGGCUGGACUUGCGGCAAGCUAUUGCGGCUCACGAGCAGCUUAUGGGAGAGCAGCAUUGACACUUAGCAGACCUCGACGCCAAGAUAAAUCUUCUGUCCCAAGCCCUCGCUACGACCCCCGUAUCAGCUGCCGCACCCAACCCUCCGAUGCCCGUGCCAGAGAAAUUUGCAGGUCACACUUUGCAGGCAAGGGUUUUCUGCUUCAGUGUUCUCUGUAUUCUGCCAGUUAUGAGAGGAUGUCAGAGCCGUGGAAGAUUGCACACUUCCUGGAGCUGCUUUCCAGCUGAGCGCUGAAGUGGGUGGCUAUGGCUCAGGUGGUAGAGCGAGUUGUCCACUAAUCGUAGGGUUGGCGGUUCGCUUCCCAGCCCACAUGACUCAACAGUCCGUAGUGUCCUUGGGCAAGACACUGAACCCCAAGUUGCUCCCGAUGGCAGGUUAGUGCCUUGCAUGGCAGCUCUGCUACCAGUGGUGUGUGAGUGUGUAUGGGUGAAUGAGACACAGUGUAAAGUGCUUUGGAUAAAAGUGCUAUAUAAGUGCAGACCAUUUAACAUUUAGCAUCUGUAUUGGAGGUCAGGACCUCUUAGCCGGAGGUCAAGGAGACGGGAGAGCAACUGCUAACCGUCGCCCAGGAUUUGCGGUGAGUAGCAGACUACGCUUUCGAGUUUCGCACCAUCGCGGCUGAAAGGGGAUGGAACACCACCACACUGAAAGCAGCAUUUUGCUGCGGGUUAAAUACAGUAAUCCUGACAGAGCUAACAUGCAGCGUUGAGCAGCUAACCCUCGACUUGCUCAUAUACCCCUCCAUUCAUCUUGACCACCUGCUCCAUAGCCAAUGUUCACUAUGGUCAGAGAGACUUCCACCAAGCACCAGUGACUCUUCAGAGCCCAUGCAGCUGGGAUGCACACA